AAGAGAGAACAGUGAGCAGGACUUUGGCAGCUGCUACAAAUAGCCUCACCCAGAGGCAGCCACAGAAAGACUUCCUUAAGUGAAAGCGAAAGUAGGCUGAGAGAACAGAAAAGAAACUGACAGGCUGCUGUUGGCCAGCAAGGGGUGUUCGGAGAGCCAGCCUGCUCUUCUCCAACCGAGGACCUUGCAAACAUUGGGGUCCUGGAGAAGGGAGUGGGUGCGGGGGGCCCAGAGCAGCCUCCAUGGGCACCGAGGAAGCAUGGUGCCUGCUGCUCUGCUUGGCUCUGUCCCGAGCAGCAGAAGCCAAGCCCCCUCUGACAGAAAGGCAGUGGCGGGCAGUGGAUGUGGUCUUGGAUUGCUUCUUGGUGAAGGAUGGUGGGCACCGUGGAACUUUGGCCAGUAAUGAGAACAGAGCCAAGGCCUUGCUCGUGCUGAGACAGGUACCGGUACUGGAUGACGGCUCCUUAGAAGGCUUCACGGAUUUCCAAGGGGGCACCCUGGCCAAAGAUGACCCACCUGUUAUCUUUGAGGCCUCAGUGGACCUGGUACAGAUUCCCCAGGCCGAGGCCUUGCUCCAUGCUGACUGCAGUGGGAAGGAGGUGACCUGUGAGAUGUCACGCUAUUUUCUCCAGGCCAGACAAGAUGACACUCUUGAGACAGCAGCUUGGUUCAUCACCAACGUACAAGUGUCUGGAGGGGGACCUAGUAUCUCCAUGGUGAUGAAGACCUUUGGGGAUGCUAAGAUGGGGGCUGUAUGGCACCCCACGCUGAACUUGCCCCUGAGCCCCCAGGGCACUGUGCGGACUGCAGUGGAGUUCCAGGUGACAACACAGACGCCAUCCCUGAAUUUCCUGCUGGGGGCCUCAGCCUCCCUGCACUGUGUCUUCUCCAUGGCACCAGGCUUGGAUCUCAUCAGUGUGGAGUGGCGGCUGCAGCAUAAGGGCAGUGGCCAGCAGGUGUACAGCUGGACCACAGGGCAGGCGCAGGCCAAGCGGGAGGGUGCUACCCUGGAGCCUCAGCAGCUCCACGUGGCUGGGGACGCCUCACUCACCCUACCCAGCCUCACUCCAAAGGACGAGGGGGCCUACAUUUGCCAGAUCACCACCUCUCUGUACCGAGCUCAACAAAUCAUCCAGUUCAACGUCCAAGCUUCCCCUAAGAUUCGACUGAACUUGGUAAAUGAAGCUCAGCCACCCACCCUCAUCUGCAACAUUGCUGGCUAUUAUCCUCUGGAUGUGGCUGUGACAUGGACCCGAGAGGAGCUGGGCGGCACCCCAGUCCAAGUGUCCGGGGCCUCCUUCUCUAGCCUCAGGCAAAGCACAGCAGGCACCUACAGCAUCUCUUCCUCCCUGACAGCAGACCCUGGCUCUGCAGGCGCCACUUACACCUGCCAGAUCACCCACAUCUCCCUGGAGGAGCCCCUUGGGGCUAGCACCUGGGUUGCCCCACCAGAGAAGAGAAUGUCCUUUGGAAUCAUCUUUGCCAGCGGCCUCUUCCUUCUUGCACUGUUGUUCCUGGGGCUUCAGAGGCGGCAAGCCACCUCGCCAAGGUUUGUCAAGAUUCUGAGGACCUCUGGGUAACCACUCUCCUGCCUCAGAGUAGAGGAGUCGCAUUCUCCCAGAGGGACUCUGAAGAGAUCCUAAGCCCUAGAGCUCACAAAGCCCCAAGAAAGGCAUGAAGAAACCACCAGAUCUCCAGGACACUGAUUCUGGCUCUGGAUAUGCAGUCUCUACCUUCAUUGUGGGCCCUGGGCAGAAACACCAAGGGAGAAAACGUAAGAAGGUGAGAGGGCAUCAGGAAGGCAGAAUGUCUGGGUGGAGGUUAAAACAUAAGAGCCAGAUUUGGGAUGAAAUGGUGGGGAAAGAAAACAGGAAUAAAUUAAGAAAGUGAGGGACAAUAAGGCAAAGGUGUGGGGUUUGGGCCACCACUCACAAACACUGGAUUCUGUCAAAAUAAAAGCCCCUUGUA